AUGUCUGUUGAUAACGAACCCUAUGUGCAAGUGCACGCUCUUCAGGCCGGUCACCUCACGCUGCCAGAACGUCUCUUCGUACACCCCUCUUCAGAAAGCGCAAGGCGAACAGUGCCCUCGCUAUCCUUUUUGAUUCAACAUGUCAACUCAGUAAACAAGACUACACGAAUCGUUUUCGAUCUUGGCCUACGGCAUCCAUCCACCAAUUAUCCGAUCCCAAUUCAACGUCACUUAGAGACACGACAGCCUAUGACUACGGAACCGAAUGUUGUACAAAGUUUAGCAGCUGGUGGACUAUCGACAGAUGAUAUCGAUUAUGUGGUAUACUCACACGUCCACUGGGACCACAUCGGCGAGCCAAAAGCCUUCGAUAAAAGCACCUUCGUUGUUGGCCCUGGCACAUCGGCUCUACUAGAAGACAGUUCGUCCCUUCGUGGAAGUCAUUCUUUUUUCGAGCCUGAUCUGCUGCCUGUGUCGCGAACCAUCGAGCUCCCACCUACAACCGGUGCCACAGAAAAGGGCUCUCCUACUGAUAAAUCUGCCAACAAUGCAGCUACGCCGGAUUUCCGCCAGUCAUGGAUACCCCAUGGGUUCCUUCCCCGGACAAUGGAUAUCUUCCAAGACGGAAGCGUCUUAAUAGUCGAUGCACCAGGUCAUCUCCCCGGACAUAUUAAUAUUCUCGCUCGCACGGGUCCAGGUAAGUAUACUUACCUAGCUGGUGAUGCGUGCCAUGAUCGACGUAUCAUGAGACGAGAGAGGGAGAUUGGAGAAUGGCAUGAUGAGUCUGGUCACAUCUGUUGCAUCCAUGCAGAUAAGAAGCAGGCUGAAAAGACCAUUGAGUUGGUUUUGCAGCUUGAGUCUGAGGGUGUUGAGGUUAUAUUGGCCCAUGAUGUGGAGUGGGAAGAGAGGUCAGAAAAUCACGCUCGAUUCUUCGGGGCUAGUUAG